GCGCUUAUGAUGCGCUGAGUGGUUGUCCGCUGCUCUGCUUUUCCACCCAACUAUUUACUGUAUCACUUCGGUUUGGGCAGCUAGCUGUACCCUGUCCGCUAACGGGAAAACCCAGUGACGGUUCGGUUUGCGGCGGCGUCACCGUGGAGCCCUGGAUUCCGGCUGUUGGAGCGGUUAACGGUGGAAGUGGCUCUCUCAGAUGAGCUCCGAUGUAGCGGAAGGAGUCACGCACCCUCUACCUCCGUUUCUCUGUGCCUCGCUGAAGGACCUCAGAUGACAGAUAGUCACAAAAGGAGAAACCCCUUCCUCACCCCAGAUCCCCCCCUUCCUUCGGAUUCCUGACGGAGACCUAGGUCGGCCACAGCGUUAUCAUCUCAGCUCAGCUUUCAGCUCAUCUCCAGCAGCAGGGCAGUUGCCUCACAGAGUUAAACACCUCCACUUGGACCAGUGGAGGUGUUGUGGGGCGCAUUUAUUUUUUAAGAUUAUUGAUAAAUACAAUUUUUUUUUUUCCUGGCUGGUUUGAGUCCGGUUCUGCCGGCUGUUAGAAUUUUUAAAACUGGGGCGCGAUUCAUGGGAUGCAACCAUGUCGGAUCUUAGUGAGCGCAGGCCAGUCAACACGGACUACGCUGUCUCCCUGCUGGAGCAGCUCAAGUUCUUUUACGAACAAAAAUUACUGACUGAUGUGGUGCUGCUGGUGGAGGACACAGAGUUCCCCUGUCACAAGAUGGUCCUGGCCACGUGUAGCUCCUAUUUCAGGGCGAUGUUCAUGAGUGGCCUGAGCGAGAGCAAGCAGACCCACGUCCACCUGAGGAACGUGGACCCGGACACGCUGCAGAUCAUCAUCACCUACGCCUACACGGGAAACCUGGCCAUCAGCGACAGCACGGUGGAGCCGCUCUACGAGACCGCCUGCUUCUUACAGGUGGAGGACGUCUUGCUGCAGUGCAGGGACUACCUGGUGAAGAAGAUCAACGCUGAGAACUGCGUCCGCAUGCUGAGCAUCGGCGACCUUUUUAGCUGUAGCGAGUUAAAGCAGAGUGCCAAGCGGAUGGUGGAGCACAAGUUCCCCAUGGUGUACCGACAGGACGCCUUCCUGCAGCUGUCCCACGAGCUGCUGAUAGACGUCCUGAGCAGCGACAACCUCAACGUGGAGAAGGAGGAGACGGUGCGGGAGGCGGCCAUGCUGUGGCUGGAAUACAACAUGGAGGCGCGCUCGCAGCACCUGUCGUCCGUGCUGAGCCAGAUCCGCAUCGACGCGCUGUCCGAGGUGACGCAGCGCGCCUGGUUCCAGGGCCUGCCCCCCAACGACAAGUCCGUGGUGGUGCAGGGCCUCUACAAGUCCAUGCCCAAGUUCUUCAAGCCUCGGCUGGGGAUGACCAAGGAGGAGAUGCUCAUCUUCAUGGAGGCCAUGUCGGAGACGCACGGGGAGAGUUACGUCAUGGCGACGUCCGUGCCGACCACCAUUGUGUGUUACAGCCCCCAGGCCGAGAAGGUCUACAAGCUCUGCAACCCCCCAGGUGACCUGCAGAAGGUGGGCACCCUCGUUACUCCAGACAACGACGUCUUUAUAGCCGGCGGACAGAUCCCGCUCAAGAAUUCCAUCACCAACCACGGGAAGAGCGGCAAGCUCCAGGCGGUGUUCCGCUCGGUGGAUAGCUUUUUCUGGUUCGACGCCCAGCAGAACGCGUGGGUGCCCAAAACCCCCAUGCUGUGCGCCCGAAUCAAACCCUCGCUGGUCUACUGCGAGGGCUACAUCUAUGCAAUCGGCGGCGACAACGUCGGGGGCGAGCUGAACAAGCGCACGGUGGAGCGCUACAACUGCGAGAAAGACGAGUGGAGCAUGAUGAGCCCGCUGCCCUUCGCCUGGAACUGGAGCACGUCGGUGGUGGCCCACAACUGCAUCUACGUGAUGACGCACGACCUGAUGUACUGCUACUUCCCCCGGGCCGACACCUGGGUGGAGAUGGCCAUGCGCAAGACCAGCCGCUGCUUUGCCUCGGCGGCGGCCUUCGGGGACCUGAUCUUCUACAUCGGCGGCCUCCACGUGGUCAGCAACUCGGGCAUCCGCAUGCCGACCAGCACCAUCGACGGCUCCUCCGUCACCGUGGAGAUCUACGACGUCAACAAGAACGAGUGGCGCCUGGCCGCCAACAUCCCCGCCAAGCGCUACUCGGACCCGUGCGUGCGGGCCGUGGUGCUGCUCAACUCGCUGUGCAUCUUCAUGCGCGAGACUCACAUGAACGAGCGCGCCAAGUACGCCAUCUACCAGUACGACGGCGAGCUGGACCGCUGGUACCUGCGGCAGCCCGUGUCCGAGCGCGUGCUCUGGGACCUGGGCAAAGACUUCCGCUGUGCGGUGGGGAAACUCUACCCCUCCUGUUUAGAGGAGUCUCCAUGGAAACCCCCCACCUAUCUGUUUUCCCCUGACGGAGCGGAGGAGUUCGAGGUGGACGGCGAGCUGGUGACGCUGCCUCACGUAUAGCUGUCGGCCCCGCCUUCCUUGACCUCCUGGAGUCUGUAGCACUGAGGGACGAGCGUGAGAGGGGGGUGGGCCUCGGAUCUCUGCAAAAUUAAAAGGGUUUGAUAACUGUUUUGUGGCGGGGUCUCUGGACUCAGAGAAAUCUGACUAUUUCUGUUUUUUGUUGUUUGUUUGUUUUUUUUUGUCAGAUAUCAUGUCUGUCAUACUGUUUCUACAAUGUGAUAUUCUAAACAACUAAUUUCAAGAUGGGAGGAUGAUGACGAUGAUGCACUUAACUGGUACCAAAAUCCCAUCUGGCCCCUUUUGGACUCGGCUUCCCUCUCCACUAUUUCCCUCCUCGUAUUAAUGAUGAAGAAAUGCUCCAAAAAUUCCACCCUGACAACCUCAAACAUUUCAUAUCUGCACACGUUACUGCUUUAUUGUUAAAGAUCCUCACACUGGAUUGAUACCUUUCUAAGACGUUGUGGAUGAUAUUGAUGCGCCUGUCUUUAAAUUAUAAACACAAAUAAAACUAUGUAAACUUUGAGCUCAGCGCCAUUUUGCCUCAAAAUGGUCGAUUCUGAGGUUUUAAGCCCAGUUUUUCACAGUAAAAGCAACUGAAAAGCCACAAGACGUCAAUUUUAAAGAGGCUGAAAAACUCUGAAAUUAGAGCAGCCCAUUCGUAUUUUGAGUGUCCGGUCUUUCCAUUUCAGAUUAUGUUUUUUUGCCCUCUGUGUUUUACGGUGUGAACGCUUUUCAAGGUUCUGGUAAAUCGAGAUCUUGUGGUAAAACAUUUAAGACUUUUUGGUAGUUUCUAAAGUCGAUAAAUUUUCAAAAAGGGAAAAAGAAGUUCCCAAAGUUCAAAGAAACUUCUUCAAAUGUAUUUUUCUUUUUUCUUUUUUUAAGUUAGUAAUGAAGAAGCACGUCUUUCCUUUGGGAGUCACAAAAAACGGGAUGCUGUUCCUCUUAAGGCCUUUCAGAUGGACGGAGGCGUGGAGGUGUAGAGAGAGGGUGACUGCAGGUCCAGACACCCGUCGGCUCGCUUCCAUUCGCUGCCCCCCCGCCCCGGCCGCCUGCCGGUCACAUCUGCUGUGCACAGGUCUUCCACACGCAGCAGCUCAUGCCUCGCUCUGUCCGUCGUCACAUGACCACGACGCUCCGCUUUUCUUUCCACUCGCAGUACAAACCGGUUCUGGGCUCAUUUAAUUUGUAAGCUGCUGAAAUACAUAUAUAAAUAUAAGUAUAGAAAUGAUUAAAUAUAUAUUUUUCAUAUAUUGUUCAUAUGUUCAAAGACAGCUGUUCUAAUGUGUGUGGGGUGGGGUGAGGGGGGGACAGCUCUAUUUUGUAUUGGUGUUUUUUUUUUCUCUUUUUUUUUUUUAAAUAUCCGAUGUUACUGUAGCGUGAUAGUUGGUAAGUCUCCUUUUUCCUAUCGGAUUCAAUCUGAGUGAAUAUUAAGGAAAUCUUGCUGCUGAUCAGUCGUGAUAAGACGGGCUGGCCCAGAGCUGUUGCUAUGGAAAUCAUCCCGGCAACCACUACCAUCAGUGGAGAGGAUUGGGGGGGGGGGGGUUCUUCUUUUUUACCUUUAAAGACAUGAGCACAGGUGCUUCAUGACAAACCUUACUAGCAUGUUUGGCUGCAUCAUUUUCCUUUGGCACUGUAUUUUGAAUGAAC